CGAGCCGGGCUCCGGAAGUUAAAGUUAACAGGGAUGACUCCGGAAACGAAACCAAAUUCGUUCUGAGGGCCGCCUCCUGGGCCCCUCCAGGCUCCCAGCUUGCGGCGCCACCCGGAAUAGACCUUUCUCUCGAAGUUUUCCCCGGGGUUGCAGCCAGGCCUAGUGAUUCAAGGGCUAAGGCUGGCGAUUUUCGGACUUUCGUGCCCGCAGGUACCGCACUCGGCUGCGAGAGAAGGCUGGCAGCAUGGCGGGCCGCUUGGACUAUGGGGAAGGCACUGACGCCCAGCAGUUCGUGUUCCUACUUCCAGAAUAUUUGAAAGAUACUUCAAAGAAGAUGAAAACUGGGCUUAUGUUUGUAAAAUUAGUUAACCCAUGUUCAGGGGAAGGAGCCCUUUACUUGUUCAGUAUGUGUCUACAGCAGCUGUUUGAAAUAAAACUUUUCAAAGAAAAAUACCAUUCAUGGUUUAUAAAUCAAUCAGUUCAGUCAGGAGGUCUUCUCCACUUUGCCACACCCAUAGAUCCUCUAUUUCUGCUCCUCCACUACCUUAUAAAGGCUGACAAAGAGGGAAAGUUUCAGCCUCUAGAUCAAGUUGUGGUGGAUGACAUGUUUCCGAAUUGCAUCUUGUUGCUGAAACUUCCUGAACUUGAGAAGUUACUUCAACAUGUGACAGAGGAAAAAGAAAUAGACAAAAAGAAAUAUUACAAGUAUAGCAGAGAGAAGACAUUAAAGUGGCUGGGAAAGAAGGUUAAUCAGACUAUGGCAGCAUUAAAAACCAAUAACAUCAAUGUUGGUGCUCGGGUACAGUCAAAUGCAUUUUUCUCCAAUCACCAGAUUUCCAGUGACAAGGAAGAGGACUAUAUUUGUUAUGCCCAUGGUCUGAUAUCUGAUUAUAUCCCUAAAGAAUUAAAUGAUGACUUAUCUAAAUAUUUAAAGCUUCCAAAACCUUCAGCUUCAUUGCCAAAGCCUCCAUCAAAGGUGGCAGCACAAAGACAGAAAAGGAACAAAUGACAGCAGGUCCACUGAAGGCUUGGCUGCUUCUCAUGUAAUUUACGACUCUCCCAAAGGGCUAUGGCUUUUACUUACACGCUUUCUGGAAAAUCACCCAAUCCCAAAAGAUGUUUGUUAAAGAACUAACCACAAAUGUUCUGUUUCUUUGAUCAUGUUCACUGGCAUGGUGGGCAGUGGCCUAUCUCACUGGAGGAGAUUCUAUCAUGGAACUUGAAUGCAUCCCCAGAGUAUGAAUCUGAGGAAUUCAAGCCAUAUCAGCCCUCUGUGCCAGGCCUAUCCCCAUAGAAGUGGAUUUUUACACUGGAGUGCUUCAGAUUUCAAAACAUCGGGAGCAGAAGACUCAUUGUGAAAUUCAGGUUAUUUCAUAAGCAUGACCAAAUUGUCCUGUUCUGCAUUCUUGGGUUUAAGCGAGCAUGUGUUAGGUAUGUGAUGACCAGGUGGUGAUAAGCACUAGAUUCUACACUAAAAGCUUUGGUGAACUAAUUUAUACCCUUACUUACUUAGUUUUUCAAAAAGUGGCUGCUGCCCUAGUUGGUGUGGCUCAGUAGAUUGACACCACAGGGUCAUGGGUUCGAUUCCCAGUGAGGGCACAUGCUGGGUUGUGGGCCAGGUCCCCAGUAGGGGGCAAGCACACAUUGGUGCUUCUUUCCCUCUUUCUCCCACCCUUCCCUCUGUCUAAAAAUAAGUAAAAUCUUUUUAAAAAGUGGCUGCCUCUAAUUCAUAGUAAUACUUGAGCAUGUGCAUUUUAUGAUGUGUUGGAGUUAUAAACAUUGCUUCAUUUUUAAAAGA